UCAGCAAAGAGCGAAGCAGAGGCGCGCGGUUCAGCGUGCAACCCAACGCAGACAGAGAUUGAACUCGAUUAUAACGGUAAGAAAACGAAUAUAUAACCGUGCACGGUCCAGUUGUUAUAGAGCGUCCUGUCGAGCGUGGGCACCAUGUGAAAUCGUCUCUCUGAAUACCUUCGUGCAGGAACAAGUGAAACUUUAGGCUCACAGCAAGGAAUGUCUACAGAGGUGAAGCCUGAAGCUCCCAUGUACGUGUAUGAGUCAACAGUGCAUUGUGCCAACAUCCUUCUGUGCCUAAAUGAACAGAGGAAGCAGGACGUCUUGUGUGAUGUGACCGUACUGGUGGAGGGGAGGGAGAUUCGUGCCCACCGGGCAGUGCUUGCGGCCUGCAGCCAGUAUUUCUCUCUGCUGCUCAGGGGCCAAAUAGAACAUGAGCCACUCAUCAGUCUGCCAGAGAAGAUCACUGAGAAAGGCUUCGGCCCACUCUUGCAAUUUGCCUACACAGCCAAGCUGUUACUAAACAGGGACAACAUCCAGGAUGUCAUGUGCUGUGCAGAGUUCCUGGGCAUGCACAACCUUGAAGACUCUUGCUUCCUUUUCCUACAGGCCCAGAUGAAAAGUGAGGUUGACAACACGCACACCAGCCAAACCCCCCCAUCACCUCACCCACCGAGUCCGAACCAUCACGGGUCAGAGGACCCAAACAUGAUGCCCAACGAUUCCAAACCACCUUUGUUUGGAUCGAGGCUGCAUCCCCGUGACAUCAGCUCGUCCAAGAACACGGAGCGAUUACAAGUCAACAACAACCUAUUUGACCCACCACUGACCUUCGACCCCCAUCUUUAUCCUAAAUAUAGAAAGUACCAUCAGGCUAAGCACAACAUGAACACCUCACACAGCAGUACCUCAAACUUGCACGGUUUACUCCAGGAAACUGUCACCGGUGGUCCUGGUGGCCCGGAUCUCUACAAGGUGAAAGCAGAACCAACCAGCGGAGAGGGUUCAGUGCCACUGGACCUGUCUGAGGUUGAGCAGGAUGGUCUAGUCAAGGGUAGGGGGGUUGAAAUGGAGAUCGAGAUGGACAUGGAGUUAGAUGACAGGCAGCUUAGUUCAACACCCAAUGAACUUCCUGAUGGCAAACGUUCCCCAGUGUGCCUACACUCCUUAGUCAAAAAGGAAGUCAUGUCUUCGGAUCCGUGUUUUUCCGUCGAUCUCCAUUGUGCCAAGAGGAGCUCUAACGUUCAAGCUGAAAAAAAGGACUAUCAGGCUUUUGUUGGGGAACUUGGCGUGACUUCCUCAAAGAGGGCUGAGAAGUUAACCUCUAAUGUGUCCAUCAAAUCACCAUCCUUUGAGAGCGACCGAAGAAGCGUCAUCUUUUCAUCCAGGGCCCCCAACCAUCUCCCGGCACAUUCCUACCCACGUGAGAGCUAUCUGUGUCAGGAUGCCCAUGAAGACCCAUGGGCGGGAUCCAGCCAGUCAUUUCCCUGCUCCCAAACACUGUCACCCACUUCUGUCUCUCAAGAGCCCCCGAUGUCCUACCGCAGACGGCCAAAGAGCAGCUGUCCGGUGCCCAUCAAAAUGUGUCCGCGCUCCUCUCGCACCGAGAGUCACAUCAGGACCUCCAGCUCGUGUUCGUCCUAUUCCUAUGCUGAAGAUGGUAGUGGAGGUUCUCCUCAGUUUGAGCUCUCUACCUCGCCUUGUUCCACCAUGGAGAGGUGUCUGACCCUCGAGCACAGGGAGCGCAGUACGACCGGGCCACCCAAGAUCAAGUCAGAGAAGUCGUACGACAGUAAUUCCAGUGACGAGUCUGGAUCGUUCUCUGAUGGAGAUAGCGAAUCGUGUCCGAGCAAAGAGCGCAGACACGCAGAGGUGAAACUGCCGUUUUCAUUGGAUCAGAUCACAGAGCUUCCACGGAACGACUUUCAGCUAAUGGUAAAGAUGCACAAACUGACCUCGGAUCAGCUAGACUUCAUCCACGAGAUGAGACGUCGCAGUAAAAACCGCAUCGCAGCUCAACGCUGCCGGAAGAGAAAGCUGGACUGCAUCCAGAACCUGGAGCGUGAGAUUCAUAAACUGGUGUCUGAGCGACAGAAGCUUCUAACCGAACGAAACCAGCUGAAGGUCUGUAUGGGUGAACUCUGGGAAAACUUCUCCUUUUUAUCUCAGGAGGUCUGCAGAGAGGAACAGCAGAUUCCCGGGCAGACCCAAUAUCUGUAUCAUCUGCACUCGGACCCCGUUUUGUCCAGUUCAACCGGUACAGACAAUAAAAUAUCUUCCAGUCCCACCAGUAUAGACCUCACGCUCACCUCCCACAGCACCGUGGAGACAUCUUCAAGGUUAAGUGACUGCCAGGCCAAACAUCUGCGAGUGCACGGGGAGGACGUGAUGCUCCCGGACGCCGUCACGUCUGUGAGGUCAGAGCCUUUGCUUCAGACGAGCGGUUCGAACGUGACCAGCGAUUUCUGCCAGGAGAUGUGUGAGAAGUGUACCACAGAUGAGCAGGCCAAGAAGAGCUGAGUUUUCAUUAUUAUUAAAUAAGAAUUUUGGUUCAGUAUCUUUUUUAAUGUUUUCUGUGUUACGUUUAGUUUGUUGCUACUUUAGGGGAAAGUCGCCGUGUGUUUUGGCAUAUAAUGUAAGAUUUUAUUUCUCUUUGUAGCAGUUUUAAUCUUUCGUCUAUAUGGUAUCGAGUUCUCAGAUUUAUCUCAGGAAAUGCAGGGUUUGUUUUUUGUAACGUCAUAUGAAGCAGCAUAGAUGGAGUAUUAAAGCAUUUCAAAAGGUUUGGACCAAUUUCUGCAGCAUUUUCUGUUUUGCGUUCCUAACGUACAUCAAGAGAAGAAAAAAGCAAAUUAUGAACAGAAAAACUUUGAAGUAAAUUGUUGCUUGUCUGAAUUCAGAAGUUUUUUUAAUUGCAUUCUUUAACAUUAAGGCUAUCUCUUGCUUGCCAGAAGGCAAGCAGUCUUUUGUAAUGCAUGGGAUUUUAUCAUAAAACACUCCAAUUUUAAUAAUAGUUAACUUUGUAGAUGAUUGUCCUCUACAAUAUUUUGUGAUAAAGUGCCAUUGGAUACAGAAGCAGUUUUCUAAAAGUUUUUAAAAAUCAGUUUUCUAGACUGUUAUAAUUAUUGAUCAGGGAAAUCUGUUGUAUUUACAGCUCCUAGUAAACUUUGAUAACUUAAAUUAUUCUGACUUUGUAAAAUUUUGGCAGCUCAGAUUGCAGCUUUGACUCCUUCAGGAUCUUGUGCACUUGUCAUUGUAUGAAUUAUUUGGUUUCGGUAGAAUUUUGUUUGGAUUACACAUUACACCUUCUUAAGAACACCCUCAGCAAUGAAAAUGUUUUAUCCUGAUAUACACACCUCUGUAAUUUUAAAUGUCAGUUUACAUGUUUACUUUUUGUAAGAGUUCCCCUAUUAGUCUUAAAUCAUUUCUACACCUUUGACUUAAUAACACGACAUGAAAAAGCCUUAAAAUGACACGUUAAAGAAACGCUCACUGCUACUUCAUUUUGUAUUGUAUUUCAUGUGAUCAUUUGUUACAUGUUACUCACCUGUGCACCGUCACAAUACUGAAGUUUAAAGGUGAGAUGUUUUAAAGUGUAAUUUUACUGAAUUUACUUAGAAAUCUGUACAUUGCAUGACUUUAAAAGAGAAUAAAGACUAAAAUAAUCCCGCAACCAAGAGUUAUACACAUCAUAUAACAUAUUGAUAUCACGUUUCUGUAAACAAUUUGGGGUCUUGAAUCAUUUUGUUAUUAUUUCUAUUGGACAAAACCAGUCAAAUAACUUUGGCCUUAAAUAAAACGGCUUCAUUAAUGCAUGACAAAUCUCUCAUUUGUAUACAGAUAUGGCCACAGGGAUUUUUUUCGUUCUUGUGAUCUUUAAGUAUAGAUGCUAAUAAUGAUGUUUAGGUAUAAAUUAAGCAUUUCAUAAUUUUUGUUUUAUGCAUCAUUGUGAUAUAAAGUAAGGGCAAAUCUAAAUAUUCAUUAACAGUUUACAUGAAGUAAGUAUAGUUUGCAACAUUCACAGAUCUACCUGUAACAUCUAUAUACCUCUCAUCUCUUACAAGGUUUGUAGCAAAAAUGGUUUACAACCUUUUAAAAGGAUGUUUUACAGUCGUUUGUUUUAUGUAGAUUUGGUAUGUAUUGUAAAUAAAUUCUGUUUGUAGAUAUUUGUGGCAUUCUUAACAAAUGAUUGUUUCGCUCUUUCUUAUUUGUUACUCGAAUCUUAAAAAGUUGUGACCUCAAUGUUUAUAAUCUAAGUGUAUUUGUAAAAUUCUUAAAUGUGUCCUCAUUGAAAUUGUCUAAUAUUAGGAUAUUAAAUAAAUUACCAAGCAUGUUU